UCAGGGAGUGACGGGAUCGUGAGGGCUGGAAGGAAGGGACCUCUGGGGAUCAUCCAGCCCCACCUCACCUGGAGCGGGUGACACAGGAACGCCUCCAGGUGGGUUUGGAAUGUCUCCAGAGAGGGGAAACUCCACGGCUUCCCUGGACGGCCUGUUCUGGGCUCUGCCACCAUCAGUGUAAAGAAAUUGUUUCUCAGGUUCAGGUGGGACUUCUUGUGUUUUAGUUUAUGGUCAUCGCUCCUUGUCCCGUUGCUAGGCACCGCUGAAAGGACUCUGAUACCAUCCUCUUGACACCCGCCUUCGAGUUAUUUACAUGCGUUGAUUAGAUCCCUUCUCAGUCUUCUCUGGACUAAACAACCCCAGCUCUCUCAGCCUUUCCCCAGAAUUGAGGUGCUCCAUUCCCCUAAUCCUCUUUGUUGCCCUCUGCUAGACUUGCUCCAGGAGCUCUGUGUCUCUUGUCCUGAGGAGCCCAGAACUGGACACGGCUCUCCAGGUGAUCCUCACCAGGGCCGAGUAGAGGGGCAGGAUCACCUCCGUCGACCUGCUGGCCUCUCUCUUCCCGAUGUGCCCCAGGAAAAGCAUCCAGGGGGCUGGACGGGAAGGUGGGCGCAGGUUGUUUGUGUUCUUCAGAACACCUUGGAAUGCAGGAUGGAGGCGACAUGUGGGUUGCCACUCCCAUUUGGUUUCCCUGUGUGGUGUGUGUUUCCCCUGGAACUCCGUGCCUGGGAUAUCCGGCACGCCAUGCCCGUGUGGAAGCCAAGCGUCCAGCCCCAGGAACACCCCAGGCAGUUUGCACGGGGAGGGGGGAGGAGAAAUGUGCUGGCUGGCAGCCUCAUGUCACCUCCUCUGCCAGCCCAGGGGUGUCAAGAGAGGGUUGAUUUGCCAACCUGAGGUGGGACAAGGCAAUGGAAUGAGAUGUAGGGGUUCUCAACAGAGACCAGAGAAGGAUCCAAACUUCUCACUACCUUUCCUCAGCUGAUGCCUUCUCCACUGCUCUGUCCAUGUUGUUCAAGCAGCUGGGAUCCAGUUUUCACAGAGCUGAUCCCUGGGUUCUUUUGAGGGGCAGAGAGUUUGGAUGUGGGCAUACUGCACCCCCCCGUCCUUCUCAAAGAGCAUUUUUAAAUUGUGUUCCAUUUGCACUGUAGAAGAGAUGGGAUUUAAGAAACAGUUUGGGUGCUUCAAAUUCCUGCAGCUGUUGAAUUUCUCUUCGUCUCGUUUCUUGGGAACGCACAGAUGUAUUGACUAAACUGGAAAAGCAUGGAGAUGGAAGAGCUUUGAGGAGUUGCAGUUUGGCUUGUUCAGCCAUACAACUACAUUUUUCAUGGCAAGUCAAUGUCUCUUAAGUAGCCAAGACUUAGCACUCCACGGGGUGAGUUUGUAAAAAGGAUCCUGGUUGAUGGCCUUGAUCAGCAGCUCCAUGAGGUGAUUUCCAUUGACUUUGGAUAAGGAACAAUAAGUCAUUGCCUCAUCCCUACACAGGGCAGUUAAUCUGUAUUUGAUGUUUUACAAUGUCCUGCAGGGAAUCCAGACACAAGUCCAGACAUCACAUAUGACAGAGAUUGUCCUCUUUUUAGUGCAUGGAUCAAGCUUCAUUCACAUUUUCUUUAAUUGGUGUAAAAUAUUUCUUUCUCCUUAGUGCUUUCAGUUCCAAGGACUGGCAAGGCAUUUGCCAAUGCUUUUGAAGUACCUCUGGUGGAAGUGAAUCUCUGAUUACCCUGACAGCCAGGACAGCUCCAUCCAGGAUCUUGAGCAAAACAGCUCCAGAAAAGAAAGAAGAGUUGUUUCAGGUUCUUUUGACUUAAGACUUUGACUUAAGGCUUCUUUCAAACCUGGUACAAAAUUGGUGCUUUUGGAGUUAUCGGUUCUGUAUCAGCUUUAUGCUUUUUGGGUCAGCUUGACUGAAUCUCAUUUACCUUUGAAGCUGACCUCAAGGCAAUUUUAGCCUCUAGGUCAAACAAAAUGUUGGCUGGAAGUCCCCAUCUGGCAGUUGUCACUGUAAACUCUGUAGCUUUCAGUGUUGUUUUUUCUGUGGCUUCUGAGUGUUCACCAAAACCUUCUCAUUGUAGUUGCCUUAAGGGCAGCUCAGAACAUCUCCCUCUUGGCAGCUUGGGCUUGCUUCUAAAAUGUUCUUCAGGAUUGAUUUGAUCUCUGAAGUUUCCUUUUGGUAUGGAAAGCUUCAGUUUUUCUCUGCCAGUUUUUCCCCACUGACUUGUCUCUGCUGUUUUUUCCUCAGUGUCAGAGGGUAAUGUGCAGGGAAUCGGUGUGUCCUUCUGGCCAAGCUGCGUGGGCCCACAUCACUCCUCCAUCAUCAGCAAAGGCACCAGGAUCCAGGUGAGGAAGAUCGCCAGGGAGAGGGACAAGGCGAAGCUGGACUUGGAGAAGGCAGAGAGACACUGCCUGCAUCUUGGCAGGGAGCUGGACGAGCAGUACAUCGCUCUCAAGCACACCCAGAGCAAACUCAAGUAGGAAGGGUCUUUUUGGUGGGGCUGGGAAGAUGUGCCUACAGUCUUUCCCUCCCAUCCUAGUCUCCCUGUUAAAUCUCCCACUUGUUUUGUCAACGUGCUAGUGGCAGAAAAAUCCCUGAAGACCUUACCCCACUAUGAUUUCAGCAUCCUUCCAACCAAGUUCUCAUCUCCUGCUUUGUGCGUGGUGAGGGAGGGUGUCUGUACCUCGUGACCAUCUGAGAACAUGCUCCAGGUGCCCCAGCCACGUUGCUUUCUUCCCCCAGGGAUUUUCAGGCAGAAAUAGAAGCAAAAGAGCUGCUUUUGCAGCAAGCAGUCAGUCACCAGGCAAAGCUGGAGGCUGAUACACAGUUCCUCCAGGGCAAAGAGGCCAGCCUGCAAGGGAGACUGAACCACGUGAUGAAGGUAAGUAAAACUGCCCUGGGUGAAACAUCUUCACUUCUUCAGACGAGGCAAAGCAGAGGUGGUGACAAAUAUGGAUGGUUUGUGUUGCUUUUGCUGGGAAGGACAGGAAUUUUAUGCAGAAGAAUCAUCAGCCACAUCCAUACUAUUGUAUUAAAUACAGAGCUUGUUCCCUUGCCUGUGGCAUUAUUAAACCCCCAUGUUGUUUGUUGGGACUGGUUUGGCUCUUGAUAACACCUGGAUACUCAAUAGCUAAGGCUAUAAUUGUGCCAGGGGUCAUGCCAAAAGCAGAGAUGAUGGUGUCUGCGUGCCUGGGAUCAUCCCAGUUCUGUUCAUUGUAGAAGUACAGCUGGAGAUAGCACAGGACUUGCUGCCUUUGUUGUCUGUGACGGAAACCAUAGUUUUGUGAAGCAGGGGUAGAGAUGAGCCUGUGGGGCUAUCUAGCUCUUAUUCUGCAAAACCCACUCCUAUGCCUGUCCUUUGGAGAGAUGAGCCUAACCCCAGCCCAUGAGGUAUCAACAGUGUGCUGUGCUGUCCUGUUGUGGUUUAGGAAUGGUACUGCCCAAUUUAGUUCUCCCACAAGACUUUCCAAACCACACUGCUGCUCACUGCCUCUCCUCCAUCUUCUGUCCCUUGGGUGGCUGUAGAGGAGAAUUGGAGGCACAAAAGGCAGAGAUCAUGGGUUGAGAUAAGAACAAUUUAUAGGAAGCAGCUAUGAGAUAAGAAAACAAACAGUAACAGCAACAAUACUAAUAACAAAAAUGUACGAAAGAGAGAGUGAUUUACGUGCAAAAUGCUCACCGAAGAGCCCAGCCCAACCUGCAGCCACUUUUCCUUUUCUCAUUUUCUCACUGGAAGAAAGCCUUUCUCCAUGAAAGAGUCCCUUCCCGCUGCCUGUGGCAGUGGCAUGAGGUGGUGUAGAAAUAACAUCUGGGCACCCUUCUGGCUACUGCAAAAAAUGACUCCUGUCCUGUCUGGAACCAGGAGCUGUCCAAUUCAGGGUCUUCUGGGAGCUGUGCUGUGUUUGCCACGCUGCCAGCUGUUUCACAGCUUCCUGCUGAAGGCCUGUGUCUGAUGAACCCGUCCUGCCAUGUCAGGACCCACUGCAUCAAGGAGAUCUCUGUUUUGUCAGCAGAACGCAGAGCUGCAAAACAAGGUCACAGAGAUGACUGAGAAACUGUCAGCCUCUGAGGAACUGGUGUUGGAGCUGCAGAAAGAACUCAACCACAUUGUGAAGGAAAAGCUGGGCCAGGGGGAGCCCCACAGCCCGGAGUUCCUGAGCCAGAGCGAGCGCUUUGCCGAGAUUGUCCUGGAGUACGAGCGGCAGUGCCAGAGAGUCAAGGUGCUGUAUGACCAGAACAGGGCGCUGCGGAGGGAGCUGCAAAGGCUGCGUCUCCAGCUCCAGGAGAGCAGGGCUGAGACAGGGCUGCCAGCAAGAGGCCUGUCCUUACAGGGCUCCUCUCUGCCAGAACGCCCCUCUCCAAGCCCUCUUGUUCCUACUUCUACAUAUACAGAGAUGUCACUCCCAGUGGAGCAGCUCCAAGAGCAGCUGGAAACCAAGAUAAACUAUUACAAAGAACAACUAGAGUUAAUGCAGAAAAACUUUGAGAGAGAGAGGAAGGACAGUGAGGAAAGCUUCAAGGCUGAGAUGCACAAGAUGGAAGACCAGAAGAGAGACCUGGAAGAAACAGUUGCAAAGUACUGGGCUGUAAUUAGUAGCCUGAAAGAGCAAAAACCUAUGUGGAGUCUGGAGCUGGAGGAGAGGUUUGAGGUGGAGCAGGCCAGGGUGGGACAGCACCACACUGAAGACAUUUGCCAUCCAGGGCAGCAGCUGGACCAGGAGGGAGAAGAACUGAGGACACAGCAGCACCAGGACAGAUUGAGCCUGAGGAAACACAUGAACAAGUUGGGCAGAGAGAAGGUGGAGGAGCUGGCUGAAAUAGCGGAGUUAACAAUGUUGAGCGAGAAGAGCAAAGAGGAGGUCUCCCACCCGAAUGUCAAGGUGCAUCAGCUGGGCUGUGAACUCACUGGGCACAAGGCUGGUCACAGUGCCCAGCUGCAGAGCCAGAGGCUUGCAGAGGCCAAGUGGCCACGAGGAGCAGAGGUGGCUGCAAGGCUGGAACACCACCAGAAGCAUGCAGCAUGUUGGAUGGAAGUGGAGCUGCUCCAACAGCAGCUGAAGGCCUCACAGGAGAAGCUUUUAGAAGCCAAAGCAAGCCUGAGCCUGGCCCAGACCCAGCACGCUCUGCAGUUGCAGCAGGCCAAGGCCCAGAUGAACAACGUGGUGUCAAAGCAGCAGUUUGAGCAGCUGCAAAACACCCUGAGAGAGGAACAGUGCAAGACUCAGCAGCUCCAGGAAAGCCUCCACCAGCAGGCUGAGCAAACAUGCAGGCAGCUGGUCAGCAUCCAGGUGGAACACGAGCACCUGCUGCAGGCUGCUGUGGAGCAGGCAGAGGGGCUGGAACACAGCCUGAGGAAUGCUGAGGCUGUGCUGGCAGAGAGGGCAGCUCAGCUCAGAGACGCCCAGGCCCAACUCUCCAGGAACAAACUGCUGAUCGAAGACCUCCGUGGGGAGAACAGGGGGUUUGCAGUGGCCCUGCAGGCUGCUGAACUGAAGCAGAAGAGCACAGAGGAGAAGAACCAGCUGUUGGAGGAGAAAGCCUCAGCUCUGAAGCAGCUUAUCGGAAAAAUCACACCAGCAAGUCUGAGUGGGUGAUGGGACACCUUCAGUGGCAGUCCUGCCCCUGCUCCUGGCUGGGGUUGGUAAGGUGCAGAAGGGGAGGUAUGGCUGGGUUGGAAAAUCAGCCUUGUCCUCUCCGGUCUUGUCAGGAUGUUCCUGCAUAGAAAAUAGAUAAUAGAGAACCCAGACCUUUAAGGAAGUUUGUCUUGUGGAUGGCUGAAUUUUCCAACUGAAAGCACCAGCUUUGCUGCAUUUCUCAGUGGCAGUGUGCUGUUAUAAGUCAGGUCUGUCUCAGGGCAGCCGUCCCACAGGAUUUUCUUGAACUCCAGCAGUGUUUGGUGGUGAUGCAGAUGCUCCCUCUCUGUAGAGGGUUGAUGUUGAGGCCACACUGUUAUGGCUGGAAAGCCAGGGCAGAAGGCCUUGCAGGUUCCUGUGUCUGGCUCACUCUGAUCAGGAAAGCUGUGUGGUGGUAUUAAAAUGUUUGUAAUAUUACAGCA